GUAGAAUUUGAUGAGAUUGAUAUUUCAAAAAAUAGAGAGCGAUGAUGAAACUAUUUGAUGCACACUGUCAUCUUCAGGAUCCAAGAAUCUUAAGCAAGACACCACAACUGAUUAAAGCCGCACAAGACAUCGGCGUCGUCAAUUUCGCCGUUAACGGAGUUUGCGAACAGGAUUGGGCUUCCGUCAACCAACUCUCCAUCACUUUUCCUUCCGUUCUUCCUUCCUUUGGCCUUCAUCCCUGGUAUGUUGCAGAGAGGAGCCCCAAUUGGUUUAAGAAGUUGAAAGAAUAUUUUGACUCUACACCCUCUGCUGCAGUUGGAGAGAUUGGCUUGGACAAAGGAUCACACGGCAAGAAGAUUGAUUUUUCUGAGCAGGUUGAAGUAUUAAGGCAGCAGCUUGAACUUGCUAAAGAGUUAAACAAGCCAGCAUCUGUACACUGUGUUCGCGCUUAUGGUGACCUUCUUGUGCUAAUGAAGUCUAUGGGACCUUUUCCCGCCGGUGUCAUUCUUCAUUCUUACCUAGGUUCUGCUGAGAUGGUUCCUGAAUUUUCAAAGCUUGGUGCUUAUUUUUCCUUCUCCGGGUUUCUUAUGUCACUAAAACCCAAUAAGGCCAAGAAAAUGCUAAAGAUGGUUUCUUCUGAUAGGAUCUUGUUGGAGACAGAUGCACCCGAUGCGCUACCAAAGUCGAACAUAAAUUCUCUUUUCUUUGUUGAAGGAGAUACUUCUCUUGCCGAAGAGAUUCAUCGCCAAAGAACAACUUCAUCCUCAACUUCUGAUUCUUUUCCCUCUAAUUCUAAUUCGUCUCAAGUUGUAACCGAUGCUUCAAUGUUGCCGAAGGAAACACUAAACCAUCCUGCUAACAUUCAUAACGUACUUGAAUAUGUUGCAUGUAUGCUAGAGAUUACAAAAGAGGAAGUAGCUGAAUUAAGUUACCAGAAUGCAGUUCGGUUAUUCUCCUAUGAAGGAUCAAAACUACUUCAAAAGUAAACAAAUUACAGGUUCUUCUAAGAUAAAUUCUUAGCUUAAUUAGCCAAAUUUAUUUUGUAAGAUACGUCCAAACUAGAAAUUCAACAAAGAUAUAAACAGAAAGAUUGUAACAACAGUUUGAUAAGGUCUAAGGUGUGUGGUAUAUGUGAUAGAUUUGUUUGCCUCUCAAAUUUAAUUACAUUCAAUUUUCUAAUUUAAAUCAAGGAUUGAUUAUAUUAUUCUUCCUC